AUGAGAAUAAAGUGCUUCAAAUGUGGUAGUGAAGGUCAUCGUGCUGUUGAUUGUGGUAAGGAUUCUGUGACAUGCUUCAAGUGUGGCAAGAUUGGUCACAAGGCAAACAAGUGUGGAGUUGGUUCGAGUGUGACUUGUUACAAUUGUGGGGAACAAGGUCACAUUAGCACCAAAUGUGAUAAGCCCAAGAAGGAACAAGCGAAAGGGAAAGUGUUUGCAUUGUCUGGAGCGGAGGCUUCUACCGAUGAUAGGCUAAUCCAAGGUACGUGCUUCAUUAAUGGUACACCUUUGAUUGCUAUUAUUGAUACCGGUGCGACACAUUCUUUCAUUUCUUUGGAUUGUGCUAAGAGAUUGAAUCUUGUGUUAUCUGAUAUGCGUAGAAGUAUGGUUAUUGAUACACCUGCUAUGGGUUCUGUGUCUACUUCUUUUGUGUGCUUGAAUUGUCCUUUGAGUAUUUUUGGUAGGGAUUUUGGGAUUGAUUUGGUUUGUCUUCCGUUAGAGCAACUUGAUGUGAUUUUGGAUAUGAAUUGGUUAGAAUUUAAUCGUGUGUAUAUCAACUGUUUUGACAAGACGGUUAUCUUUCCUGAGAUUAGUGUUAAGGAAGAUUUGUUUUUGUCUGCAAAGCAAGUUGGUGAAUCUGUUCAAGAUGGGGCUGAGUUGUUUAUGUUAUUGGCAACCUUAGAUGUGCAUGAGAGGAGAGCCAUUGAGGAAUUGCCAAUAGUUUGUGAUUUUGCGGAGGUAUUUCCUGAAGAUGUAAGUGAUUUACCGCCGGAACGUGAAGUUGAGUUUUCGAUUGAUUUAGUUCCUGGAACUAGUCCUGUAUCGAUGGCUCCUUAUAGGAUGUCUGCUUCUGAGUUGAAAGAGUUGAAGAGUCAACUUGAGGAUUUGUUGGAGAAGAAGUUUAUUCGUCCUAGUGUAUCGCCG